GCCAUCAGCAUCAGCAAAGCCAUAAACACCCAGGAAGCCCCAGUGAAGGAGAAGCAUGCCCGCCGGAUCAUCCUGGGCACCCACCACGAGAAGGGAGCCUUCACCUUCUGGUCCUACGCCAUCGGGCUGCCCCUGCCCAGCAGUGCCAUCCUCAGCUGGAAGUUCUGCCACGUCCUGCACAAGGUCCUGCGUGACGGCCACCCCAACGUUCUCCAGGACUGCCAGAGGUACCGCAGCAACAUCCGAGAGACGGGAGACCUGUGGGGCCAUUUGCACGACAGGUACGGGCAGCUGGUGAGCAUCUACACACGGCUCCUGCUCACCAAGAUCUCCUUCCACGUCAAGCAUCCCGAGUUCCCCCCGGGCCUCGAAGUGUCGGAUGAGGUGCUGGAAAAGACUGCAGGGACAGAUGUGAACAACAUCUUCCAGCUGACGGUAGAGCUGUUUGAUUACCUGGACUGUGAGCUGAAGCUGUCGGAGUCAGUUUUCAGGCAGCUCAACACCUCCAUGGCCGUGUCGCAGAUGUCGGCGGUGCAGUGCCGCCUGGCCCCCCUCAUCCAGGUCAUCCAGGACUGCAGCCACCUCUACCACUACUCGGUCAAGCUGAUGUUCAAGCUGCACUCCUGUCUGCCGGCUGACACCCUGCAGGGCCACCGGGACCGCUUCCACGAGCAGUUCCGCAGCCUUAAAAACUUCUUUAAGAGGGCAUCUGACAUGCUGUACUUCAAGCGCCUCAUCCAGAUCCCGCGGCUGCCGGAGAGCCCCCCAAACUUCCUGCGGGCGUCGGCGCUGGCCGAGCACGUGAAGCCGGUCGUGGUCAUCCCCGAGGAGGCCCCCGAGGAUGAGGAGCCAGAGAACCUCAUUGAGAUCAGCACAACUUCCACCACGGAGCCACAGAUCACCUCGGAUCUGUUUGAGCAAACCUUCGGGCCACCCAACGGCGCUUGGGAUGACAGGGAUGCACAGAUUGAGAGCCUGAAGAAGGAGGUGGAAACGCUCCGUGCAGAGAUGGAGAAGAUUAAACUGGAGGCACAGCGCUACAUCACCCAGCUGAAGGCCCAGGUGAACAGCCUGGAGGGAGAGGUGGAGGAGCAGCGCAAGCAGAAGCAGAAGGCACUGGUGGACAACGAGCAGCUGAGGGACGAGCUGGAGAGGCUGCAGAGGGCCAAGCAGGACAGUGACAGGUCCCAGAGACUCUGCGCCGAGGCCGAGAAGAAAGCCAACGCCACCGAGAUCCGCUACACGAAGCUGAAGGAGAAGCACAGCGAGCUCAUCAACACCCACGCCGAGCUCCUGAGGAAGAACGCUGACACUGCCAAGCAGCUGACGGUGACACAGCAGAGCCAGGAGGAGGUGGCACGUGUCAAGGAGCAGCUGGCAUUUCAGGUGGAGCAGGUCAAGCGAGAGGCUGAGAUGAAGCUGGAGGACCAGAGCGUGCAGAUGGAGCAGCUGAGGCAGGAGCUGGACGCCCGUCGGGACGAGCUGGAGCAGGCGCAGCGCUCGCUCAGCCACGCCAAGCAGGCAGGUGUGGAGCUCAGUGCCCAGCUGGAUGCUCUGCACGCUGAGAAGGAGGUGCUGAGGCGGUCGGUGAGUGAGAAGGAGUGUGAGCUGCUGUCCACGCGGGGCCUCGUGCAGGAGAAGGAGCUGCAGCUGAGCCAGGAGGCUGACAGGGCCACCAGGGAGAUCCGAGAGCUCCAGGGCAGGCUCCUGGAGAAGAGCAACCAGGAGCAGAGCCUGCAGCAGAAGCUGCUGGAUGAACAGUUUGGGAUCCUGCAGGAGACAGUGAGAGAAGCCCAGGCCAUCCUCAGUGAUGCCUUGGCCAAGCUGGAUGACCCCCUGCACCUCCGCUGCACCAGCUCCCCAGAUUACCUGCUGAGCCGGGCGCAGGCGGCGCUGGAGUCCACGGAUGCCCUGGAGAAGGGGCACGCGCAGUACGUGGCCUCCAUGGCAGAUGCUGCGGGGCUGGUGGGGGCUCUGGCCCUCUUUGCACACCUGGCAGGUGACACCAUCGUCAACGGCAGCGCCACGGCUCACCUGGCCCCCACGGACCACGCUGACCGGCUGACGGAGACGUGCCGUGAGUGCGGCCAGAGCAGCCUGGAGUACCUGGAGCAGCUGAAGGACAGGCAGAGGCUGGGCAGUGCCCAGCUGGGCCACGUGCAGGGGGCACUGCGAGGGGUCCUGCAGCUGGCACAGGAGCUGAGACCCAAGAGCCUGGACAUCAAGCAGGAGGAGCUGGGGGACAUGGUUGAGAAGGAGAUGGCCUCCACCUCAGAGGCCAUUGAGGAUGCUGUCAGGAGGAUAGAGGAGAUGAUGAGCCAGGCCAGGAGCGAGAGCUCUGGGGUGAAGCUGGAAGUGAAUGAGCGGAUUCUGAACUCCUGCACGGAUCUAAUGAAGGCUAUCAGACUUCUUGUAACAACAUCUACAAACCUGCAGAAGGAGAUAGUGGAAAGUGGCCGGGGGGCAGCAACAACUCAGGAGUUUUAUGCCAAGAACUCGCGCUGGACCGAAGGGCUGAUCUCUGCCUCCAAGGCCGUGGGCUGGGGAGCCACACAGCUCGUGGAGUCUGCAGACAGGGUUGUCCUGCACACGGGCAAGUACGAGGAGCUGAUUGUCUGCUCGCACGAGAUCGCUGCCAGCACAGCCCAGCUGGUGGCUGCCUCCAAGGUGAAGGCUGAGAAGAGCAGCAGGAACCUGGCCAGGCUCCAGGAGUGCUCACGCAAUGUCAACGAGAUGGCAGCAAACGUGGUGGCUUCCACCAAGUCGGGGCAAGAGCAGAUAGAGGAGAAAGACACCAUGGACUUCUCGGGCAUGUCCCUCAUCAAGCUGAAGAAGGAGGAGAUGGAAACGCAGGUGAAGGUGCUGGAGCUGGAGAAGCGGCUGGAGGGGGAGCGGGUGCGGCUGGGCGAGCUGAGGAAGCAGCACUACGGCCUGGCCGGGGGCUGCGAGGAUGAGGAGGGUGAGGCCCGGCCGGCGCCGGCACCGCGGCGAGGGAUCCUGAAGAAACCCCCGAUAGCCCAGAAACCCGGCCUGGGCGAGCCAUAGCAGCCCCCGGGCCCGCCCUCCUCCUCCUCCUCCUCCUCCUCCUCCCGCGGUGCCUUCGCGCUGCUGUGCCUUCCUCGGCGCCCGGCCUGGAACAAUCCCACACUGGAUCUUCUCUGAGGAACGGAUUUUAUUUUUUGUUUUCCCUUUUUCUGAACUCUAGAGUGGUGGGGCUGCUGCGCUCCCCCGGCACCGCUGAGUGCUCUUCUCCUUUUCCUCUUCCUCUUCCUCCUUCUCCUUUUCCUCUUCCUCCUUCUCCUUUUCC